UACCGGGACGCCGCGGCAGCACGGGCGCGGGCGGCCAGAACGCGCUCCCCGUCAGAUCGCAACGGCGGCUAGCCCGCGCGACCGGCCGGCAGGUCACUCGCUCGGAAGCCUUCCCUCUACUUCAAGAGGGGCAUGGCAACGCAGCGCCGCCGGUUCCUUAGGGCUUUCCCCGCGCAAAGGCUUCUGCCGCAUCGGUGGCGGCGGGCGCCGAUCUGGGGUGCUUCCUCGCCUUCGCGGCGCGCAACUUUACGAGAUGGUUUCCUUUCGAGCGCGUCGCGCGCGCGGUGUCAUCAGCUUUCGCGGCCGAAGAGCUCAAAUGGCGAGAAGCAUACGCACGCGGCGUGCUGCAAGCCAUCUAUUGUCGUCUGCGGCGUCGAGUUUGGAGAAGACUGUGGGUGCCAGCGGCUUUUGGCGGCGGCGCGCAUGGGGAUCUCCAUGUCGAAGUUUGAGCCGCUGCCAAAUUCUGCCGCUUGGGGAUGCAAAAUGGCUACUGCGGGCGCUUUCGUAA